CCCAUGUUAAUUGGCUGUGUGUAGGUGGGCAUGUCCAGGUGGAGGGAGGGGUGUAAGGAAUGCCGUCUCCAUGGUGACAAGCUCUGAGUGAACUGCAGGAAAACUCCGGAGUGACAUGAGGAAGUGACAAAACUGGGGACGACUGAGUGCUGAAGGGCCGCCCGUUGCCGCGACGUUAUCUGUGAUUGUGUACAGCUUGAAGAUAAUGGAAACAGAACCAGAGGAUAUAAUGCCAGAAUCUGCAUUUGAUAAGGACCCAUUUCAAAUGACAGUGGAAGAUGUGUAUGAUAUCUCCCAUGUAAUAGGCCAAGAUCUUCUGAAGAUCAACAAAGAGGCUCGUGGGGUAUCGGACAUUGUAGCUGGCCUUCAGUUUAAGAUUGUUCGAGUUUUGGAGGUCCUGGAAACUUUGGUGAACCAGUCAAGUCUUACUGCAGAGGAACUCAAAAUGGAACGCGAUAACCUAAAAGCUGAGGUUGAAAGGCUACUAAGAGAAAGCUCACAGCCUGGACAGACAGAUCCUGGGCCAGACAAAAUGAUCAUUGAUCUGACAGACCCAAACCGGCCACGGUUUACCCUGCAAGAGCUGAGAGAAGUGUUGCAAGAACGCAACAAGCUGAAGGUUCAGCUCUUGGUUGCUCAAGAUGAGUUGCAGUGUUAUAAAAGUGGUGUCAUUCCUCCCACCGAGGACCAUAUCAUUAUGCUGGAGGACGAAUCCAUAAUUACCACCUCUCCAAGGUCAAAUGAAGGCAAGAGAGAGAAGUCAUCAGUGAAAAGCCUGUUCUCAUUUAAACAAGAAAAACAAGCAAAGUGAUUUGUUGAUCAGCUGCUGCUUUUGCUUUAUGUAUUUGUAUUAUUAGAGAAGUAUUUGUGUCAUUCCAAGAGGUUCUGUAAACUGGCUUUACUUUGGACCAGCAGAUAUUUUUAUGUACGUAUGAGACUUACCUUAUUGUAAAAUAUGCUUAAUAAGUAAUUGUGUUCAGUGCAAUUAUAGUAGGAACUGGAAAUGUGUAGGGAGUGAAAUACUGGAAUAUGUUUAUGAAUAAUCACCAUACACUGAAUUGUAGAUUGUGUGCAGAACCAUGACCAAUUGACAGCCAAGGAUUAGUUCACAUAUAAUCAGAUGGCAUUCAUCAUGUUUCUAAGUAAUAGGAUUCUGGUACCAAAGCUGCCCUGACUUGUGUUUGCCUGGUUUAUUAGUGGCCUUGAAGCAUAUGGCAGUAACAUUUUACACCAAUCAACCAUGACAUCGGCCAUAGACUCCACUACACCUCUGAAGGUAUAAUAUGGCAUCUGGUACCAAGCCAUCAGUAGCAGAUCGUUUAAGCCCUGUAAGUUGUGAGGUGGGGGUCACCAUCGAUUAGACUUGUUUUUCCA